AUCCCGGUAACAGUCUUAGCAUGCUGUAGUAGUCUGAGCGCAGCUCACAGGCAGACGGCAUGACCUCAGUGUGCUGGAGCAGCCCACAGCCUCUCAUGUAGCCCACUGCUGUGAUCGCAAACACACACACACAUGCACUUACACAUCAAGACACACUCAGUUGCUCUUCAGGGACACUAAGAGAUUACCAGAACAAGGAAGAUUUUACUUUUGAAGGUUGUUUUUUUAAUUUCAUUUUCUUUAUUUCUUAAUUUUUUUUUUAUUUUUUUUUUACUGUUACCCCCCACCCUUUGCCGGGUUCAGGGGUGGUGGCACAUCCUCAAAAGGGCUGCAUGAAUGACACAACGCAAAGGCGAGAAGACGACCAUCAGCAUCCAGGAGCACAUGGCCAUUGAUGUAUGUCCAGGUCCCAUUCAGCCCAUCAAGCAGAUAUCUGACUAUUUCCCCCGUUACCCACGGGGUCUCCCCCCCACAGCUCCCCUGGCCCUUAGCCGCACCGGCUCCCUGAGGAGCACCUCCACCAGCCAGAAGUCCGAGGGCCCGGCCACAGACCCCAAACGGGAUGAGGACGACCUGGACCAAGCCUUCGGCGCCACCGCACUCGUGGCCAGCAAGAAAGAGGAAGAGCCAGACGUGGAAGGCUACGAUUCGGACGACUCCACUACGCUCGGCACGCUGGACUUCAGCCUUCUGUACGAUCAGGAGAACAAUGCCCUGCACUGCACUAUCAACAAAGCCAAGCUUCCUGUACCCAGAUACAAAAAGGGACUCAAACCAAUGGAUCACAAUGGGCUGUCAGAUCCCUAUGUUAAGCUGCACCUGCUGCCUGGAGCUAGUAAGGCCAAUAAGCUCCGCACCAAGACCCUACGCAACACUCUCAACCCUGUCUGGAGUGAGACCCUGACGUAUUAUGGGAUAACUGAUGAAGAUAUGGUUCGCAAAACACUCAGGAUUUCAGUGUGUGACGAGGACAAAUUCCGCCACAACGAAUUCAUUGGUGAAACCCGAAUCCCCUUGAAGAAACUCAAACCCAACCAGACUAAGAACUUCAGCAACUGUUUGGAGAAACAGCUUCCUAUCGACAAAACAGAUGACAAGUCUCUGGAGGAGCGAGGGCGCAUCAUGAUCUCUCUGAAGUACAGCUCUCAGAAGUCUGGCUUAGUGGUGGGCAUCAUCCGCUGUGCCCAUCUCGCUGCCAUGGAUGCCAAUGGCUUCUCUGACCCCUAUGUUAAAACGUAUCUCAAGCCAGAUGAGAACAAAAAAUCAAAGCACAAGACAGCUGUCAAAAAGAAGACCCUCAACCCUGAAUUCAAUGAAGAGUUUUUCUAUGAGAUCAAGUAUGCUGACCUCAGCAAAAAGACCCUGGAGGUGACUGUUUGGGACUAUGACAUUGGCAAAUCCAAUGAUUUCAUUGGUGGAGUCUCUUUAGGUAUCAAUGCCAAUGGCGAGAGGCUAAAACACUGGUUUGACUGUCUGAAAAACAAGGACAAGAAAAUCGAGCGCUGGCACACGCUAACCAAUGAACUCCCUGGUUCAGGGUACAAUGACUGAAAGGCUCUCUUUCUAGUGGUUGCACCGAUGCCCUGCCCCUUUCCUACAUGAUGUCGAUGUAAAGCCCAGCAGCCUGUGAUGGCUGGAUCAACACUGCAGCAGUCCACUGAUUUAGAGAUGGGUGCCAGUAUCUGUUCCCAACUAACACACCUGCUCUAUCUCUUGUACUUUUCCUGGUGUUGAGCUUACAGUCUGAUUGUGUGGCUUGAUGUGGCUUUUGGGCUUAUAUAAGGGUCUUUAAUCAGCCUGUAUUUGUACAACCUCAUUGAAAAUGAAGAGAGGUUCCCACAGCCAACAAGAAAUCAGUUCCUGUCUUCAAAUAUUUAACCACUCUACUGUUCUCUUUCUCCAUUCUCUUGGCUAUCUUCGAGGUUUUAUGUGUAUUCAAGAAUGCUGUUUACAGACAUUAGCUCUCAGUAAAUGUAUCAUUAUGCGUAUGCAUCAUGGCAGCAAAGAGGCUCUGAAAAUACACUUUCCAAAACAAUAUUGUUUACAGUCCAAAACCUUUCUGAUGCCUAUCUUAAGGCCAGGGCAUAAACUACACAAUUGUAUUAAACAGACAGAUGAUUGUGAAGAUUAUAUAUGUUGAUGGAGGUUAAAAAAAAAUCUUACAAAUAUAAACUCUCAACAAAUUUGUGAGUUUUUGCUGCCCCCUUCUAUUACAACAGGCUAGAAUGUGUGUUGUUGUUGUUGUUGUUUUUUAAUGAAUAACCUCCUAGUUAGUCUACUUAAUGAAUGUAAUUUAUCUUUUACUUUCUGUACUCUCACUGCAAAUGAACAGUGUGACAUUAAGACAGCACACAGCAGAGUUUCAAUAGCCAUUUUUCUAGAGAGGAAACGGUUUACACAGAGAACACACAAAUGCUGAAAAUGCGCUAUU